CUCUGACAGUCAGACAGUCGUUGUUACUGAGCGAGAGGUGAAAUGGCGCAGAAAGGAGUUCAGCUGGACCGGGAAACCUUCUCUUGUUCCAUCUGUCUGGAUCUACUGAAGGAUCCGGUGACUACUUCCUGUGGACACAGCUACUGCAUGAACUGUAUUAAAGGCUUCUGGGAUGAAGAGGAUCGUAAGUACAGCUACAGCUGCCCUGAGUGCAGGCAGAGCUUCACACCGAGGCCUGUCCUGCUGAAAAACACCAUGUUAGCAGCUUUAGUGGAGGAGCUGAAGAAGACUGGACUCCAAGCUGCUCCUGCUGAUCACUGCUAUGCUGGAGCGGAAGAUCUUAUCUGUUAUCUCUGCUCUGUGGACAAACAUAAAAGCCACGACACAGUCUCAGCUGCAGCAGAAAGGACUGAGAGGCAGACAAAGCUCGAGGGGAGUCGACAGACCAUCCAGCAGAGAAUCCAGGACAGAGAGAAAGAUGUGAAGCUGCUUCAACAGCAGGCGGAGGCCAUCGAUCGCGCCGCCGAUAAAGCAGUGGAGGACAGCGAGAAGAUCUUCACCGAGCUGAUCCGUCUCCUGGAGAAAAGAAGCUCUGAUGUGAAGCAGCAGGUCAGAUCCCAGCAGAAAAGAGAAGUGAGUCGAGUCAGAGAGCUUCAGGAGAAGCUGGAGCAGGAGAUCACGAGGCUGAAGAGGGAAGACGCUGAGCUGAAGAAGCUCUCACACACAGAGGAUCUCAACCAGUUUCUACACAACUACCCCUCACUGUCACCUCUCAGCCAAUCAGCAUCCAGCAUCCAUAUCUGUCCUCUGAGCUGCUUUGAGGACGUGACAGCAGCCGUGUCAGAAGUCAGAGAUAAACUACAGGACGUCCUGAGAGAGAAGAGGACAAACGUCUCACUGACAGGGACUGAAGUGGAGGUUUUACUGCCACAACCAGAGCCCAAGACCAGAGCUGGAUUCUUAAAAUAUUCACGUGAAAUCACACUGGAUCCAAACACAGCAAACACACGGCUGUUAUUAUCUGAGGGGAACAGGAAAGCAACAUUAAUGAGUCAACAUCAGUCUUAUUCUAGUCACCCAGACAGAUUCACUAACAUGUGGCAGGUCCUGAGUAGAGAGAGUCUGACUGGAUGUUGUUACUGGGAGGUGGAGAGGAGAGGAAGAGUUCAUGUAGCAGUCACAUACAAGAAUAUCAUCAGAGCAGGGGGGUCAGAUGAAAGUGUAUUUGGACAAAAUGACAAAUCUUGGGCGUUAGAUUAUAUCAAAAACAAAUAUACAUUUUGGUCCAACAAAGUCCCAACUCCCGUCUCAGGUCCUGAGUCCUCCAGAGUAGGAGUGUACCUGGAUCACAGUGCAGGUAUUCUGUCCUUCUACAGCGUCUCUGAAACCAUGACUCUCCUCCACAGAGUCCAGACCACAUUCACUCAGCCCCUCUAUGCUGGACUAAGGGUUUAUUGGCCUUUUGGAGACUCUGCUGAGUUGUGUAAACUGAAAUAGACAGAAGUAAUUUAAGUGUUAAAUUCUGUCAUUCUGAGUCAUUUUUUUUAUAAAA